AUGCUCUUCUUUACCUCGCCUCCUCACGUAGUUGCGUCACUGCUUCUCCUAGCUGCGCUGCUAUCCAUCGCCGCUUCGCAAGCCGCCUCUCAGUGCGAUCUCGAGAAUAUAUAUAUGUUGGGAGACAUUGCAAUACCAUCAGUAGUGGACAGUGAGCCUAUGUUUGCAGACGACUAUAGUAAGAUCCUAUCCCAUGAGGAGCAGGUAUUAGAAAGCAGAUCUCGGCGGAAAAGGGCGGCGGUAAAGGAUAGGAGCCGGAUAUGGCCUAAUAAUGUCAUACCUUACAUUAUAGAUAACGAUUUCCAAGAACAUAGUGUAGCCCUGUUACAACGUGCCAUGCAAGUUUGGGCUGAAAAUACGUGUAUACGGUUUAUACCCAGAACAACCGAACACGAUUAUCUUCAGAUCAAGUCAGGUCGUAGGUGUUGUUCAUAUGUGGGUAGACAGAAACGAGGCGCCCAGAAGAUGGCCCUUGACCACGGGUGUUUGAUUCACGGUAUAUUGCUCCACGAACUUGGUCACGUCAUAGGGUUCUGGCACGAACAGAAUAGACCUGACAGAGACGAUUAUAUACAAGUUAUACCUAAUUACCAUGAAUCAGUGAGCUAUAAUUUCGAUAAGAGGAAUGAGAGUGAGGUAGACAGUUACGGGGUUGAGUAUGAUUACGACAGUAUCAUGCACUACGGAGAGACCUUCUUCAGUAUCAACGGCAAGAGCACCACACUGAAGCCCCUUAAAGAGGGUGUGGAGAUAGGGCAGAGGAAGGGACUCUCUCCUCUGGAUAUCCUGCAGGCUAACCGACUUUACAUGUGUCAGGAAGACUGCAGUUGGACAUACAACGCGUCAGAAAGUGCUGGAAGUUUCCACAGCAUGAACUAUCCUGAAAACUACCCCGCUAAGAUUGACUGUAUCACACGAAUAUUCGCUACUGAGGGUCAAGUUAUACGGCUUAACUUCGAGACUAUCAAUAUUGAACAUCACGCUGAUUGCACCUACGACUCUCUGGAGGUACGAGAUGGGGACCUGCCCACAUCCCCUCUUUUAGGCAGGUUCUGUGGUAAUCUACCUCCAAACAACUUCACCAGUACCGGACCCAACCUCUGGGUAAAGUUCCUCUCUGACUCCAGUGUCAGUAAGCAGGGAUUCUUCGCUCACUUCGUCGCUGUCGACAAGGAAAAGAACCACGACACUAAAACUAACCCAUGUGAACUGAAGAUUUGCUCUCACGGAUGUAAAGUUAUAAACAAUGCUGCUACCUGCACCUGUCCCCGUGGAUACCACCUCAAUCCCUCGGAUGGUUAUAGCUGCAGAGAUCACAACGAAUGUGAACACAACAACGGAGGAUGCUCUCACAUUUGUCUCAACUCUCAAGGCGCUUAUACUUGCCACUGUCCGCGGGGCUACAACUUGGGAGACAACGGCCUUACUUGUAUCGAUAUCGACGAGUGUGCUAUAGGUCGAGCUCGAUGUUCCUCUGUAUGUAUAAACACUCCUGGCAGCUACUACUGUGACUGUGAGCCCGGCUUCAGACUACACUACGACCACACCACCUGCCUGGAUGCUAACGAAUGCAACACAAAUAACGGUGGAUGCGAACAAGAUUGCAGUAAUCAUGACGGAGGUCACGAAUGUGGCUGUUGGCUAGGAUACGCUCUUAACACCACAGAUAACACUUCCUGUGAAGAUGUGAACGAAUGUGAAAUCAGUAACGGAGCUUGUGAGCAAGAUUGUAACAAUUUGCCCGGCGGGUACUACUGUUCCUGCAGGAACGGCUUCUAUCUUAAUAGAAAUCUGAUGACUUGUGUGGAUGUAAAUGAGUGUGAAGAUGGUUAUAACGGAGGCUGUGAACAGAUCUGUGACAAUAUUCCUGGCUCCAACACCUGUUCCUGCAUGAACGGAUACACUGAGCUGAAUGCCACACAUUGUCAAGAUGUGAACGAAUGCGAGCUGCAGAUCCAGUGUAUUGAAGGAGAAUGUGAGAAUUUGAUAGGAAGUUACCAGUGUGUAUGCGAUGAGUAUCACAUGAUCCACCCUACUAAUCCCCACUUCUGUAUCAUGGGAGUGAGCUCUAUUGCUGAGGAGAACGAUACGGAGGAGAAGGACUUGUUCAGAGGUUUAACAUGGAGCUACAACGACCCUAUCUGUGGAGACCAGGAUCUGCACGGAGAGCCAGGUAUGAUAACGUCCCCCCACUACCCCGCAUAUUACCCAACCAAUACUGAGUGUUCCUGGUUACUUUCUGGAAAAGAAGAUGAACGAGUUGAGAUAACUCUCCUUAGUUUUGAUGUAGAGCGUGUCCGUUAUUGUGGUUUCGAUUCACUGAGGAUAUACGACGGAUCGAGUCAAAGUGACAGGUAUCUUGCUAACCUGUGUGGAAGGAUUAAAAAUAGGUUCAGGCUUAAGUCUAGCGGCUCCAAUCUCUUGCUCAAGUUCAAAAGUGACAUGAUAGGUACCCGACCUGGUUUCAGAGCUGCUGUCGACUUUAUUUGGGUUGACAAGUCCGGAGGAAAGUACGUAACAGGUCGACAGAGUCGUCCCUUAUCCUGGAAAUCACAAGACAAUACCCAAUGCAUGUGGACCCUGACGGCGCCCGAGGGCAGCAGCAUUUUUCUCAACUUCAUCAAAUUCAAGAUGUUCGGCAGUGGUUGGUCCAGUUCAUGUACAGUAGAAGAUGCAGUGGAGAUUUACGACACAAAAGAGCGUACCCUGAUAGCACGGUAUUGUAGAAGUAGUCUACCUCCAAAGUUGUACAUUGCUCACCACUCUAAGAUAACAAUAGUUGCCCGGGCACUCUCCGACUCUACCACCAUGGACUUACUGCUCCUACACAGUGCAACUAGUCUCAAAUACGUGUAGGUUCCCUGCUCUGGUGUUACCCACCACAAUGACGCCACCACUAGGUAAAUAGGUUGUAUUUUAAUUUAACGCACGUGUUACGUGACGUCACACCACGUGACAUGACGUCACACCACGUGAGAUGACGUCACGCGAGUUACGUGAGCUGAAGAUCUGAAGUGAUCCGCUCUAUGACCUCUCCCUUCUGUCCCCGAGAAGAACAGAUGAGGAAUUUGUAGCUUCAAGUUCAAUCAAGAGAGUAGAGACCUCCGACAAAACAGAACUGUAGAUAUUAUUGUGAACAUUGAAUUAACUUAUUUUGGCUGAGAUGUUGAGUAAUUAUUUAAAUCCUUAAAACUGAAAGGAACGGGUUGCUUUAUGUAAUAACUAAAACUCUUAAAGUUCAAAAUUUUGUACUACUUUAUACUGUUAACGGUUUAUACGAUUUAAACGGUUUUAAACUUGUCCUAUAUAUCGUCAACAAAACCUUUGUACAUGUUAUUUUAUUUAACGCUAUAUUUUUCUAUUUCUAAUUUCUAUUUUACCAUUUAUAAAAGAUUUCUAAUAUUUUGAUAACGCUAUUCUGUAUGAUAAAUGUACGAAAUUUGAAAUGCCAAAUGAAUUUUGUUCCUUUUUUAUUACAUUAUCAAAUAUCCGUGUAUCGUUUUUUCCGGUUUAGUUCUACAGAAAAGGUUUAGUUCUGCCGAAAUGAAAGCGUAUAUAAAUAUAUACUAUAUAGUUCUUCCGAACAGCUUUCGCCUCCGAUAAAAAAGCUAAAUGAGAUCGACAAUUCGAUUUCAUUACCUUUCUGAUCACGGAAAAUAUAUUUGCAGUUUUAGUUUCUGAAAAGCUUCUAUUUAAAAAUAUUCCAAAAUAUCUCCUUCUAUUCUGAUGAUUUUCUGUU